AUUGUGUUUUUCCAUUCUAAAUUAUACGGUGUCUCUUAAUUGCACGCUAAGCCGACCUAAUGACAUCUUUACAUAGCAAAUUCACUAAUUAUAAAAUCUGACUCGAAUGAUCAACAAAAAUGCAGCAAACUUUAAGUUGAUCCAAGUCAUUAAAUGUACUCAAAUCAUUCUACCAUCCUCCAUUUAUAAAUGGAACAAAACCUACCUAGCUAGCUUUUACACAAGUCGUUAUGCAUUUGAUGAUUUAACCCUUUGCUUUCCUUCUACUCUCUUCUUCCUUCCCCAUUAUUUGACCACCUUUCUAAAAAAAUAAAUUAAAAAAUAAAUAAAUUAUUUCCCUUCUAUUUAUUUCUUGGCGGGCUAUGGGCCCACUUUCUUCUAUCAAAUCCUCACAUUAAUACCCCUACCCACCUCUUCUCAACCGUAUUCUCUCUCCUCCAAAAAUAAUUCUAAGAUUUCUUAAACAGCAAAAAAAUUUAACUAACACUUACGAAGUAUACACAAGUCAUCCUUUGUUGAUGUAACACUAACACCCCAAAUAUUUCACUAAUUUGUAAAAAAAAAUGAACCUCCAAUUUUUUCUUUGUUCAUUCCUCCUCCUCUUCACGAUCACAUCUAGAGUUUAUUCUUUAUCCCCCGACGGCCUCGCUCUCCUUUCCCUCAAGUCGGCCGUUGACCACUCAUCCUCGUCCGCAGUAUUUGCGGACUGGGACGAGAAUGACCCCGAUCCCUGUGGAUGGACCGGGGUCUCCUGCGACGGAAAUUCCACUACUAGUCCCAACCCUCGGGUUGUUGGAAUAUCCGUCGCAGGAAAAAAUCUCCGAGGGUACAUCCCCUCGGAGCUCGGCUCCCUUACUUUCCUUCGGAGAUUAAACCUCCACGGGAACAGUUUCUACGGCUCGAUUCCUGAUCAAAUCUUCAAUGCGACUUCGCUCCAUAGCAUUUUCUUGUAUGGGAACAAUCUCUCUGGUCCUCUCCCAACCUCCAUGUGCUCACUUCCAAAAAUUCAGAAUGUAGAUGUUUCUGGAAAUUCUCUCUCCGGCGAGAUUCCGAAUGGUUUGAAGGAGUGUAAGCAGCUCCAAAGACUGAUUCUGGCGAGAAAUAACUUCUCCGGUGAACUUCCUGGAGGAAUUUGGCAUGAACUAGUGAAUCUAGUUCAACUUGAUUUAUCAUCUAACCAGAUACAGGGGAAAAUCCCUGAGCAGCUCGGAGAGCUAAAGUCGCUCUCCGGGACAUUAAACCUUUCGUUUAACCAUCUAUCCGGGAAGAUCCCCAAGUCACUCGGGGAUCUUCCCAUGACGGUGAGCUUUGACCUGAGGGCGAAUAACUUGUCUGGGGAAAUCCCCCAAACAGGCUCAUUCGCCAAUCAGGGGCCCACCGCCUUUUUAGGGAACCCGCUCUUAUGCGGGUUCCCAUUACAAAAGGACUGUACUAAAACAACAACAAACCCGAACUCUCCCCCACCCGAGGACAGUAGGGGGAUCAGCCCCAAGCGAAAGGGGCUAAGCCCGGGGCUGAUCCUCCUCAUCUCCGCAGCAGAUGCUGUAGUAGUCGCCUUUGUGGGACUCGUCCUCGUAUACUAUUACUGGAAGAAAAAGGAUCACUCCUCUGGAUGCAGCUGCACUGGCACCAUCAAGUUAGGACGGCACAUGAACAAAGAUAAAAAAACAGGGCUCUGCUUUGGGUGCUUCAGAGGCGGAUCAACAAGCAACGACAUAGAAAGCGAGUCGGAUAAGGGGAGUUCCGAAGGCGGCGAGGGUGGUGGAGAAGGGGAAGGAGAGCUAGUAGCAAUUGACAAGGGUUUUACAUUUGAGUUGGAUGAAUUGUUAAGAGCAUCAGCUUAUGUUUUAGGAAAAAGUGGGUUAGGAAUAGUUUAUAAAGUAGUGCUUGGAAAUGGUGUGCCAGUUGCUGUUAGAAGAUUAGGAGAAGGUGGUGAUCAACAAAGGUAUAAAGAAUUUGUUGCUGAAAUUCAAGCAAUUGGGAAAAUUAAGCAUCCAAAUGUGGUUAAAUUGAGAGCUUAUUAUUGGGCUCCUGAUGAAAAAUUGCUCAUUUCUGAUUUUAUUUCUAAUGGCAAUCUUGGUAAUGCUCUUCGAGGGAGAACAGGGCAACCAUCAACAAGCCUAACAUGGAAAACAAGGUUGAAAAUAGCCAAAGGAACGGCUAGAGGUUUGGCCUAUCUUCAUGAAUGUAGCCCUAGGAAAUUUGUUCAUGGAGAUAUUAAGCCAUCAAACAUCCUCCUCGACAACGAGUUUCGACCACAUAUCUCCGAUUUUGGCCUAAAUCGUUUGAUUAGCAUCGCGGGGAACAAUCCUUCCUCCUCCGGUGGGUUCAUGGGAGGUGCACUCCCGUAUGUUAAGUCCACUAGUCAAGAGAAAAUAAACAACUAUCGUGCACCCGAGGCAAAAAUCCCUGGUAGUCGACCAACUCAAAAAUGGGACGUCUACUCAUUUGGAGUAGUCGUGCUCGAGUUACUAACAGGGAAAUCCCCUGAACACUCUUCCCCAACAACAUCGACUUCAACUGAAGUACAUGAUUUGGUGAAAUGGGUUAGGAUGGGUUUUGAAGAGGAAAACCCGCUUUCGGAAAUGGUAGAUCCUAUGUUGUUACAAGAGGUACAUGCUAAGAAAGAGGUGUUGGCUGCCUUUCAUGUGGCUCUUUCUUGCACUGAAAGUGAUCCUGAGGUUCGACCUAGGAUGAAAAAUGUGUCUGAAAAUCUUGACAAAAUUGGGAGUUGAAAAAUAUAGUGAUAAUUUUGGUUAUGAUUAUUGUUAUUAUUAUUAUUAUUUGUGGUGAUUUUUUGUAAAAAUUGAAUAUGAGCAUCCUCCAGCAUUUUUGCAGAUUCAAGAAGUUAACAAUUUGUGCUCCACAAAUUGGUAGGUUUUGACACAAAUAAAACUAUCAUUUUGGCUUCAUUUAUACAUUUACAAAAAAAAUUAUGUAGGUUGGGUUGAGGUGGAGGGGUGGAUACACAUUCUAUGAUUCUCAUUUGUAAUUUAAAGUAAACUAGCUUUUUGGCCUGUACGAUAUAAGGUUUUAUUUACUUUAGUUAUGAUUUUUGUAACAUUAAGUGUAAUCUAUAUUCCUAAACGAACAAAUGAUUGAGAAUCG